AUGCGCCAGCAAGGUGAUGCUACCUUUCUAUUCCGCCAGGCUUUAGACCACGCCUUAUUUUCAACUCGUGCACAGCCUAUGCUUACAGAAGAGGAGGUUCACUGGUUUGAUACAGCAAUUCGAAUCUUUGCUACCCAUGAUGAGGUUAACAAGUUUAAUAUACAACGCCUACAAGAGUUACGUUCACCAGUGAUCAGAAUUGAUGCUAUAAGCAUAGGUGGUCAAGCCGCAAAAACUGCUUCAAGUGAUGAUGCCGGGAAUCUACUAGAAACCCUAAGCAUCUCGAUUGGAUCCCGCGUGAUGCUAACUAAGAACCUUUGGACUGCGUACGGUUUAGUAAACGGUGCAUUUGGCACUGUUACUGAUAUUGUGUGGCCGGCGUCGACUACUGAUCCUAGAUUGACUCAACCUCUAGCUCUGCUAAUUGAUUUUGACACCUACUCUGGCCCAGGCCUCACAUAUGUUGCGAUAUCACGCGUUCGGUCCCUUGAAGGGGUUAUGUUUAAGGAAUCGUUUGACUUUGAGCGGUUCAAACUCAAGCAUAGUAUAACACUCGAGAUGCGGUUGGCUGAUGUCUAUCGCCGACGAUCUCAGCACCUUGGUCGUGUCCAGACUCCUCCUGUUGCUCAUGCUUGGCCUACAUCACAGGGAUCUCCAGGAGCACUUAUCCGGUCACUCCAGCAGCAACGUAGUCAACGCUUUCAAGAUGAAGGGAUGAAAUAUGAAGAGAUAGAACCAGAUUUAGAGCCUAUGGAUACAGACUCGGGCUAG